UGGUGGCCACCAGAUUCUCGAUCAUUGAUGGCACCGCCCCCUUCGGGUUGACGAUGUUAUCACGAAGUCUCUUGUUGGAGGAGUCGAAACCACCAUCCGAAACCAUCCAAACCAUAUUGAGAUCUUAUUUGCACUGGUUUUAGGAGUUAAAAGACGUGUCAUAUUUGUUAUUGUGGUUCAAGGAUGAUUUUCAGACUCUGCAAUAAAUUAAGGGACCUAAAGUGAACUUAUUCCAUCCAAAAAGAGCUGUCACCUUGCCAAUGGAAAAAGUACACCGAAGGUUCCUCAACUUGUCAUCGAGUUACAAAAUCGUCCCCCAACCACAAAACCAGAUAUCCAGCGUCCCUUAACUUAUUCUACGUGGUGGCUGAGUCAGCAUGGGACCCACGUGUCAGCGUGACCACUUCAACCUCCUCUCUCUCUCUUUUCCCUCUUCUCUCCUUUCCUCGUAUUUCUCUCCCUUCUCUGACUCAGCAGGCGGGAGGAGAAGGGCGUCAGCGGCCGGCGAUGGGCGACGCGGCGGCUGGCCGACGCGAGGGAGCUCGUGUUGUCGUUGCUGGAGAACGCGACGGGCCGACACGAGGGAGCUCGUGCUGUCGUUGCUGGAGAACGCGACGGGCCUGGCGACGCUGUUCGACGCAGCGAAGCAGCGCCCCUACGAGACGGGUCCCGUGGGGAAGUUCGUGAACCGGGUGGAGGUGAAGGCGGCCCUGGGCGCGCGUGGCGAUAUGGAGUGGGAGGAGUGCAGCGACGCGGUAGGCGCGGCGAUGCAUGGGGACGUGAUGAAGAGCGUGAAGCCGAAGGUGGAGGCGCUGCUGCGGGGAACGCGCGUGCUGCUGUACCAGGGCAUCCGUGACCUCAGGGACGGCGUGGUGUCCACGGAGGCGUGGAUGCGGGAGCUGAAGUGGGACGGCCUGGCCGUCUUCCUCGACGCCGACUGCGCCGUGUGGCGCAUCGGCGAGGAGCUCGCCGGGUAUGUGCAGCGCUCCGGCCCGCUCUCCCACGUCGUCGUCUACGGCGCCGGGCACCUCUUGCCGGCGGACAACGGCCACGCGGCGCAGGAGAUGGUCAAGGAUUGGGUGUUGCAGGCGGGGCUAUUCGGCCGCCACGGCGGCAUGAAGCGCGCAGGCUGACUCCGCACUCCCCCGGGGGGGGGGGGGGGGCGCAACCUGUGGCCUCAUCUCUCGCGGUGUCAAACUCUAAUCUGAUUUGAGAAUCGAGCAGAGUAAAUCGAGGAAUACAAUUCCCGGGAAAUACAAGCAUUUGAGUUUAUAAUGGUUCUUCUGGUGUGGUUGAAUUCAUCGUGGUAAACUUCCCUGGUUUCAUUGGGAUUAUUUCCUCCAGAAGGUAGCUUAUCCGGGAUUGUUUUUGUUCAGUCCAAGAUCAGAGGGCAAUACCGAAGGAUCACUUUGUACCAAACUACCAAUGCAGUAUUCAGUAACAAGGACUUAAAAGCAAUUCGCAAAUCUCAGAAACACGAAGCUCCUCAUUUCGACCAGAAAAAGGCCCAUUUUGCUCUCUUGUACUCUGGAGCAGGGUUUACGAAAACGAAAAAAAAGCCAAAUUCAUCGCGCGGGCGGACGGCGGGGGGAGGAGCGGUGCGCGGGCUCCCCCGCCGGCCGCCGCCCACUAGGCAGAGGAACGGUGGCCGGGGGAAAGGAGUGGCGACUGGCGGAGUGGAGUUGGGCGGCCCGUCCGUCCCUGCCGCCGCCGCCAACGCGGCGCUCACCAUCACAUGAUGUCGGGCGCCCAAGACCCAGCGGCGGGGGCCGCCGCCGCCGCUGCUGGAGCCAUGCAGGACAGCUUCUUCCUCGGCUCGGCCGCCGCCGCCAUGUUCUCCGGUGCCGGGUCGUCGUCGUCGGGCGCGGGAACAUCCGCGGGAGGGGGCGGCGGCGGUGUGCCCCUUCUACGACCACCCCAACCCGCCGGCGCCAUGCCCGUGCCCUCUCUGCCAAGCCUGGGGCUCCCUGGCUGGCCUCGAUGACCGCCUCUCCCCAUCUGGCGCCGGCUGCAUCGA